GGGGGAGGGGGAGGAAAUGUCUUUAGGUCAGCAGCAUAACAAGGCUAUCUGGUUUUAUUUCUCUGCUUUCAUCACAGAAAACUGCUGUACUAUCAUUUCUAGCUACAAGAAAUAGGCAGGGGUUUUCAGGAACAAGUUGUUCUUGAUGUGAACUGGACCAGCCCGAGGGACAGUAAAUAGCUGUUCCAAGCCAGGAUGAAUAGGCUGCCUGUCUGAUCCAUCCUGAAAUCUCUGACCUGCAAAAGCUGUCAGAGCCUGGGUAUAUGCCGGAGGAUAAGCCAUGUUCACAUAACAUCUCUGAGGGGUUGUGAGAGAGAGUGAGGUUGAAGGGGGAAGGGAUGAUAUUUAAUCCCUUGCUUGCUGAACUGUAAAGGUUUGCUUUGUGUUGGUCUGCUCUCCUGCGCUUCCCUCCUACUCUAAUGGCUGUGAUGAAUGACAAAUGGAGGCAGAGCAGUGAAAACAGGAAGCAUAAUCCCUUAGAAAUAACCACUGUGAAAGGGAGGGAAGAAACUCUAAAUAAAGGAACCCCUGCUUUCAUUGGGCAGCUCCCCAGCAAAGCAGGAGAAAAAGUCGCUAAUCUUGGAGCUUACUAUGGAGUUGUCUUGAGCUCCUGCAGUUGGAGGCCUGACAGCUGGGGAGCUGUGGUCUGACUGGUUUUUUAAAGAGCAAAAAACCACUUGUCUUGCCUUGACUACAGGUGUAAGUUUUGGAUUGAGUGUCGUUUAUAUUGAGGUUGUUUCAUUUAUAUCCAUGUAUUAUUUGUAGGCUGUAGAGGCCUUCAGUUUUCUCUGGCAGUGAGAACAGACUGUUCCUUAUGUAUUGUCCUUCAGUCAUUUGGGAGCACACCAUCAGACUUUUUGCAGGGGAGGGGCAGAAAGUUAUGAUGGAAACAGGAGUAUUUCAGAAGGGAUCGCAUUGCUGGUUGGAAGGGUUAAAGGCUCACAGUCACUAGAAUUUUGGAUAAUGGAUGGUGGAAAGGGAGAGUCAUCCUGCCAGUUCAGGUGGUUGGUAUUGUAAUUCCUUCCAUACCAUGGUUUGCAGUGUGUAUUGGAUGGAGUGUCUGCAGAGAGAAUUCUUAAGGGUGAAUGAAAGUGAAGUGUCAGGAAGUCUCUGGAGUCCUCUUGCUAUCUGUGAAUAACAAGUGCUGAAUGUUGGAGCAGCAAACCCUGCUCACCUAGAACUGGUAAACAGGGAACUUCUAAAGCAUGCUGUGGUCCAGCCUUCCUCAGCUGACUUCUCUUGAUCCACCUCAGUGUAGAUGAUAAAUGGUCUUUGUCUUCUGACUGUGCAGAGUACUGUUGGACUGAAAUACAAGAAGGCCUGAAUUGAAUGGGAUUCUUUUAGUGUAGGACGGUACAGUGGAAAAGGUGGGACUGUUUGAGACAACAUGCUUUGCCUCUUUUCAUGUUUGUCUUCUUGUGAAAGAAUAUUAUUUCUGUUAUAAAGAGUCAAAGCAAUUUAAACUUAACACACAGGGAGAACAAGUCCAUUGAGUGCUGCCUGUAGGUGUGUCUAAACUCCUCUUCAAGGCAGCUCUUGUCACCAGGAAUAGAUAAAAGUGCUGCAGAGCUGUGGCUGAGCUCCCUUGUUACAGUUAAAUUCAUUUUGGAUGCCAUUCCUGAAUUGUGUUGGCCAUGGCACAUGCACUUAAAUCUACAUGGAUAAGGGAGCUCCAGCAGCUGUGUACUAGCCAGAGGGAGAAAACAAGUUAUAUGGAUCAGAAUGUUUAAGCCUUUUGUUCUAAACUGGAAUCUAUAUUAAUAGAAGCGAUCUCACACCUGCAUACAUUCACAUGAAGUCUGGUGGUUGAUUCUUGUGUGGAAUGUGGCAGUAGCUUGGAUGCUGUGAAGUUUGGACUUGAUAAAACAAAUAAAGAAGAGCGUGUAGAAAAAUUGAAUCACUUGUCUACUUAUUUCUUGAUUUCUUAAGGUUUAGGUUGGUGGAGUAUGGAUCUAUGGUAGUGCUUAUUUAACUGUAAGGAGGACAGUGAUGGAGAAGUGUGCCUGUGUGAAUUCUUUAGGGAGUUUCUGCCUGUUUCAGCCACUGGUUAUCUGUUGCUUGUAAAUGUACUUCUCAAAUUCUUACUGGUUGGGUGAUUCUUGGACUGUGGCCUCUGUGCAGCUCUGCUUCCAUUUGUGUCUUUUUCAAAGUACUGCUGUCUAUGUAUUUGUCCCAUCUAACCCCUGGUAAUCUAAAGAGUUCAGAGCCCAAACUUCUGCUGCCUGACCUGCCUCUUUACUGUGCAAGCAUACUUGCAGAAAACAGCUGGUAGGCCAGCUGACAUCAUUAAAAAACAGAAGGUGCUGUCAAAGCUGAUCUGGUGUUAAUUAACUGAAUUGUGCUAUAGACUGUAACUAUAUAGCUUGAAAAUUGCAGGAUGAGCAAGUGCCUGAGUGUGCUACAUACACAUGAGUUUCACUGCUUACUGAGCUUUAGAGGGAUAGUCAUUGUUUAGCUAGGGGAUCAUGGAGAACUAGGGGAAGGUGCAGAAAAAAAAAAUUGAUAAGGGAACACACUUUCUUUGCAGAAAUCGGUAAAUGUCAUUUAAACAUGUUAUAUUGAUUCUUCUGUUGUUACUGUGCUAGUUUGCUAUUUCAUGGGGACUUGGGAGAAUGGCCUUAAACUGUGCUAGGGAAGGUUCAGGUUGGGUAUUUGGAAAAAUGUCUUCUCCAAAAGGGUGCUCAGGCUCUGGAAUGGGAGGUGGUUGAGUCACCAUCCCAGGAGAUGUUCAAGAAACUCUUAAAUGUUGUACUAAGGUACAUGGUGUAGUGGGGAAAUACUGGUGGUAGGUGGUUGGUUGGACUAGAUGAUCUUGGAGGUCUUUUUCAACCUUGUUAAUUCCAUGUUUGAAGGACCAAACUCAGAGCUGUGGGGAAGACUGUAGCUUUUCCUGCUGCUUAGGUGAUUUGCUGCUGCCACCAUCCUGGUAACUUGCUGAGUUCAGUUCCACUUCGGGUCAGCUGAGUUUGCCACCUGCUUUUCUGCUGCUCCCUCUCUCUGGGUUUUUAACUUGCCAUUUGUGCUGAUCCACCUGUUGUCCAUGGUAUGGAAGCCUGUUGCACACCCCGUUAUGGUAUCUGCUUGCUGGCUGCCAGGCUGCGGGGCAGGACUGAGAUCUUGUGGCAACAUACCAUGGCUUGCAGGGUGCUCCCUGGCUCUUUUAGCUUGUCCCACUCCCUUGUCACUUGCAUCUUGUCAAAGGCUGAUGGUGGAAGCUAUGGGUUACUGGGGCUGACUAAGAUGCUUUCUCAAAAGGCUUUUCUCCUCCUUAUCCCAGAAAGGCUGCAAACAGACAAGGUUGUAUUGUGCUUUAUGUUUUCUUUUUUUAAAUUCUCCAGUCUGAGGUGGACUUGGAAUUUCCUCUAACAUUUGGAAAAAUAGCCCUUGGAAUAAGUAGCUGCAUGCUGAAAGGAAGGAGAGGAUGUCAGUACGUGGCCAUCUGUGUACUUGUUCUGUUGCCUCCCCUGAUUUCUUGAGUCCUUUUUUCCAUGCUUGCUGAUGCUCUCCCCUGGGUGUGUCAGGGGAGAACACCCUCCUCCCUGCCCCCACACCUCUCCUCUGCAGCUGCCAACUGAGAGAUGCACAAAAGAUGUCUGUCUGCUUACUUCCUGGGCACAGCUGACAGAUCAGCAGUAGUUCAAGAACUUGUGCUGCUGCUACAGGUGCUGGGGAGGGGAGAGAGGUGACCUGGGGGAGAUGAUGAAUGCUCUGAUACUGCUUUCUUGGGAACUGGGUGCAAUUUCUGCUGGUAUUUUUUGACAUUCGUUUUUUCUGCUACAGAGAAGAGCAACUGAAGGGGUUUCUACCCUCCCACGUAUGCUAUGAAGCCGUUGGCUUCUCAGGUUUUCUGCCCAGCACAACAAGAUGGGAAUUCCUCAACCAACUAUGCAGAUCCAUUUGGCAAAGAACUGUAGAUUGAUUUUUUUAGGGUACAGGUGCCUUGGUCAAGAUCACUCUGCAUGUAUGGAACAAGGUUUAUGUAUUUUUAAGGGUAGGAUUUUGGGGUCUGGUCAGCUUUUGAAAAGUUCUGUGUGUUGUCUCUGUGGUACUUUGUGACUUAAAAGUUUUAAUCGCUUUCAAAGUUAUGAGAGUGAAGUCAGUUCUGAGCAUCUCAUGGAAAACUUACCCUAGAAAUACAUAAAUUUUCUAAGCAGAGAGAAGGAGUACAGAAGGCAGAAUAGUAUUUUUUGAUUGGGUGCAAAGGAGCUCUUUUGGUAAAGGCUAGUGCAAAGGAGCAACCAUUCUGGAAAGCACAGGCUUUCUGUCUGUAGUCCCUUUGUUCAGGCACUGCUGUGUGUGCUAUCUCAGGUUCCUGAGGGGUGAGCUAAGGAUACCAUAGUUCUGCUUAUUUUAGGAAAAAAUGUUACUUUAUUACUUUGACAUAGUUUGGAUUUAUAGAGCUUGGUAAAGUCACUGUUUGGACCUUCACUGAAAACUCUGAAGAUGAAACAAAAAUGAUUUUUCUUUUAUUGCAGUUAUGUUUCUCCUGAAAAUCUUUAUGUGUGAUCUGACAAGAAAUUACUAGUCAACGGGAAUAGAACGCUGGCUUGUUUUCCUCUGGUGCACAAUCAAUUUUAUAACUUCUGCACAUCUGAAAUGAGUGCCUCUUAAGCUAACAUGUAGUAUCUGUUAUCGUAUUUUUCUGGUUUGAUUUUAGUUUUGUUUCCAUCUCAGUGACAAAACAGAAGGUGGUUCUUGCAUUGGGUUGUUUCUUGCCCUUGGUUUAAUGGUAGCCUGCUGAAAUGCAGGCCAGAAAGUGCCAAUAAACUUGAUUUGGGAGUAUGUUUUUUCUGUGUGAACUCAAGUGUCUGGAGGUGCACUACAACCUUGACAGUCUAAAUCUGUCAUGUAAGCCUAUGAAAUCCUGAAAAAAGCUUCUUCAAAGCUGUAUGUUUGGCAUAUUUGAAUCAUUGCCUGGGUGAAACUCAGUGGUUUAGAAAAGCCUUAUAGUAUAAGCUCUGAAAAACUGAAUCUCAUGUGUUGAUCUGCAUGUGUGAACAUAAGGCAGAAAGAAAUAAAUUAUUUUUUGCUCAAAAAAAGUUGAUCUGCAGAGUAUGAUACCAUUUAAAUUUGAUUCCAGAAUAUUUUAAAGCUAAUUUGUUGCAACUAAAUCAGUAUGCUCCUUAAUGAUGAUGGUUAAUUAGGGAUCCCUAAUCCCUAAGAGUGUGUCUUCUUUUAGCAAGAAAACUGAGUUUUAAAAUGAAAAUUAAUGAAAUAGCUGGGUGGAGUGUUCUGUAAUAUUUCUUUUCCAGUCUGAUCUUACAGCUCAUCAAGCUCAUGGUGAAUGACCUUUAAUGAUGAAGCUGAGAACUGGCAUGACACGAGGGUGAUUUAAUAAAUGAGCUGACUUUGGGAAGACCUCAGUAAUGUGACUUGGCUCAGAGCAAGUGGCCAGUCAGACUCCUUGUACUGGUGCAGCAGAGCUGUAUUCCCACAGUGUUAUCAGACUGGACUGGCAAGCUGUGACCUCUCCUUGGAGCUGCACCUUCCUGCCUUUUGUGUCCAGCCUUCUCUCUGGGAAUGUAGUUCUGCUGGGCUCAGAACUCAGGCUGUAGACAUACCUGCAGAACCUCCUACUUGCAUGUAUCAGAGAGGCAGCAUAUCAGGCAUGGAGUAUUGCCCCUUUCUUUCCUGUGAUGAUGUGCAGCCUGUAAAUACCUAGGGACCUAUCAUCUGGCAGGAUUCUUCAUUCAGUCUGGCAUUCAUCCUGUCUGGUCUGUGUUGUCUCUGGGGUAACUGUCUUCUGAACCACCUCUGUGCCUCCCUCCCACUCCAUAAAUGUCAGCUCAAACUUGUGUCUUGUCUGUUUUUCCUACAGCUUGAUGUUCUUAUUGUCACUGUCAGGAGAAAUAGAGGGGGGAGAAAGGCUUUUGUCAGUGCAGCAGUCCUCAGACAGCUGAUUCUUCCGGUGGUGAGAAACGGUUUUGUACUGGAGGUAAAUGUCUUCAGAAUUUGUUGAAUAUUAACCUGUAAUUGCAGACAAAUGCAUGUACAAGUUGGUGGCCCACACCAUUUUUGUGCAUGCAUGAUUUCCUUACUGUACUCAUAUGAGGUAGUUGUUGCAGUCUGGUCUCGCUUGCUUUGCUGUAGCAAUGUUGAGCGGCUCCUUCUCAAGGAAAUGUCUCUUUAUGGUGGUCUAGGAGCAAGACAGACUCCUUUGCAUAUGUUACGAAAGAUGUAGUUUCGAUAUUGCAGUUCGCCAUGCACAAAUUAACACCGUAGACGUUUAAAAUGCUUGAUACCUUUAUUUUUAUAUCCCAGUGUGUAAAAUCUUUCUGUGGUUCAGCAGCAAGACCUUCUCACUUUUGUGCCAUGCAUGGAGUGUGAGUUCCUUUGAAGCUCUUGUUUCAGGAAGACAUGGACUGUUUCAUUUACUGACGUGCUGAUGUUUUGGCGUUCAGUGAUGUCCAUGAUGUCAAUGUAAGAAUCUGACCCUUUAAGCCUUUGGGACCAUGCAACUUUUUCACAUGCUAACUGUGCAAGACUUUUGUGGAACUGUUUGGUCACCUGGAACAUCACAUCUUCCCCUGCCCCUACUAACCAUGCAAAUGUCUGCAAGAUGGAAACCACCCUUACUGAGUACAGAAUCUGUGCAGAAGCUAAUUAAUGUAUGCCUUCUCUUCCACAGUCACACUGUAAGGAAGCAAGAGCUCCUUCAGAGCUUUGUGCAGGCCUUAAUUUCACUAAAUAUUUAAUUGCAUGUUGUAGGCUAUCCAUUGAUAUAUGUGCUGUGUGGUCUUCCCUAUCUGUGUACACUGCACGGUGUACUGCUUGUGUAGCCCCUAAGCUUACUGUGUAAUUUGUCAAAUCUAAACCAGUUCUCAAUGACUUGCCCCAGGGUUGCUCCUUUUUCUUACUGAAGGGUGCUUCCCUGCUUAUUUUAAUUAUGAGUGUUUCUUCAUUCUAUUUUAAAUGAAAUAGUGUAUCUUUUACUGCUUUUUUUCCUAAAUUGACAGGCAGUCUUGUAUCACACUCUUGGGGGGCUGCUGAUUAAACAAAAUAUUUGGAUUUGCUUAUCCAAAUGCCUUAUUUUACAUAAACAUUAUAAGGAAUCAAAUUAAGUCAAAUUAUGGGCAGAUCCUAGCCUGUGUGUGCAUACUGAGAGCAUCCUGCUUUGUGUGUUUGUGUUUCUGGAGGAGUGGUUUGAUUGUGUUUUAAAUUGGAUUAUUUUGCAAAUGGCUUUCCUAUCUUUUAAGGGACGUGUGGCUCUAGCAGAGGAGUAGCCCUUUCUGUGUUUCCUCUAACUAUGUGUUCUGAACUAUAGACCCGGUGGCUUUACAAAAAGAACUUUCUCAAGUAGCAAGAAAUCUUAAAUUAUUUAAUUUUUUAUACUAUUUAUUUAUUCUGGCCUAGAAAUAUAUCAAACCUUUCAUUAGGAAAAAGAAACAAUUUCUGAGGGAGAGACCAGGCCUGUGAAUGUGUAAUCCCACAGUGUUUUGGUGUGUUAUGUAUUCAGAUUAGAAAUGGCUCUGAAAUGCAAACUAGCUGCUAGAUCAAUGCUGAAGAGCUUCCAUACAGGACUUGAUUUAGCCGGAGAAUCCAGCUUGGAAGUGUUGGCACAGAGGGAAACGCUAUAUCCACAUCAAGUGCUAGGCAGCAUUUUGAUGAACAGAGCACAUUCUUCCAGUGUGGAAACGUUGUCUCAGCUGUUUGACUAAGAAUUUCCAAAUGUUUGAUAGUACUGGCUCGUCGUCUUCUAUCUCACUUCUGAGACUUUUUCAUCCUAAGUCUAAAGAGGGAAUCCAGUCUUAUAGUGGCAAUUGCCAUGCUGAUAGCUGUCUUUAGGAAUGUGGUAAUAAACAUAAAAGCACUGGAGAAUGCAGAGCAUGAGCACAAAUGAGAAGCACAGUUGCUGAAACGGGUGUUGGAAUUCAAUUAAUUUGCUUGCAUAUUUCUCGUUAAGGUCUCUUUUAAAAUAUAUUCUGGGGAAGAUCUUUAUCAAGAACUACAGCACAAUGUAGGUACGAGGUGGGAAACAAAAUCAAGUUUUAAAAUGGUGUCUGUUUCAAUAUAGGUUUAGGUAAUAAGAAAUGAAGAGUUUAGGCUGCCGUGCUAUGUAGAAUGCGGUUUCCCUACCAGUGGGCAACAGCGUAUUCAGUGAAGGUGCACCAAAAAGCUUUUCACACACCCUUCAUAAAUUAUACCAUUGUACAAAAUAUGAGGCAGGACUUGGAAUUACUGGGCAUUUGUGGAAGCACCAGAACUGUAGUGUAUUUGUAAAUGUCCCUCUAACAUUUCUAAGUGUUCCUACCUGUGCUUCUCUGCAAAGGAUGAGAUGGCAAAGCUUCCUCAUCUGUGUGGCUGUGGUCUUCGGAUUCCUUUGCCUUAAAGGGAAUUAAUGCCGCUAAAUACGAGCUUAAAAAGCUUUGGCAGUACUUGUUGCUCUCCGAAGAAUGGUGAUGUGUGGUCAGCUAUUUGUUCUCAGUUUUGCUUGGGAGGAGAAGUAAUUUUCUUUCCUGUGGAAUUUUAAGAUUUGGUUGCUUCCUGAGCCUAAAAUAAUGUGCCCUGUUGCUUAGACUGUGUUAGUGAGCUGGGACUCACUGGAGUAGCAGUUGUUUUUUUCGACUCCUCAACCUUCCAAGUUUGCAGAUUAUCCUUACUAAUGUUCUACUGGUAGAGACCAGGUGGAAAAUAAUAAAGGCCUUGUGCUUAUCUGUAGGCAGCACUGACCGAAAGGGAGGGCUUAUCUCUCCUCCCCACGUGUCCUAGAGGAAGCCAGGCUGAAGCAGUGAAUCCCUGUUCUUAACAACAGGAAAACCCAGAGUUUGAUUUAAAGGGAAUGAUUGAUUGGAGAUAACAAAACAAACAAACAAAAAGGGACACCAAAUAAUUGAUGUCAAGUGGCUACUAAAGCUAUAUUUGUGGUCUGCUAGGAUAUGACAGUGGCCCAGCUGCAUUCCCACUCCAAAUACAGGGCUCCUUGAGUGGUAGAACCCGCUCAGGCUGAGCGAGCAGUCUGGCUGUAUGUCCUGGAGGUCAGGGCACACAGAUCCUACAGAUUUCUUUUAAUUACUUACUUAUUGAAGUGUUGUUCUGUAGAAGCAAGCAUAGCAGGUUGCAGCUCAGUGUAGACAGUGAGACGCCAGAAGAUUGCCUUUAUUCGACCUGUCUGCAAGUGGAGGGGUGGUGGAGGGGUAUGUACAGAAGCUAGCUUUGUCUUUGUCAAGCUUCCUUAUGCAGCAGCACCGCUGGCAGUGGAUGUGAUGCUCGAUGACAGUGUGAUUUUAAAAGAAGUGGAGGAUGCGUGAGAGAGAGGGGUCCCCUCAUACAGUGACCUUUCAUACGUGCAAGCAUUCAAGAAGAUGCCAAGUCAAUUAAUACGUAAGCCCAUCCCAGGACUAUUUACUGGGACUGGCAUCUGUGAAAUCACAGUUCAGGGGAGGGUGUAGGGGUAAAAACAUAGCCCUUAUGGAUUAGUGACUGAUGUAGUUUUUCCUGCGUGCCUUUGUAAAAGCUUUGAUUUUAUUUAGUUAUCUAUUUUUUGCUUAGCAGGGAGGGACGCAGGAUGAAGGAUGGUAGUAGGAAAGAUAAAAGAAAUCUCCCCUUUUUGCAGUUGUAUAAUUCAGCUAUGUAGACUGUCCUAAUUCACUUUCCAAAUGCUCUCCUCUCUGGAAAUUGAUUUGUCUUACGCAUACUUUCUGGCAAGUGGCUUGCCUAAGUUAGGCUGAGUUAGGGUUACUUGUAAUAUAUGACUUUUGCCCAAAGACCUCAAAUAUUUUGUAAGUUCAUUUAUUUAUUUACUUUAUAAUUCUGUGUUGCAUCAGCAGAUGUUAUCUCCGUUUUGAAAUUGAGGAAACCAAAAUGCUGCUGCUCCUUAAGAUCUGAACUAUUCUUUUUAUCUUAGCUGUUGCCUUGCUGUUGUAUGUCCUAAUGAUAGUGAAUAAAAUAAUCCGUUUAGCACAUCUCUGCUGAAGAAGAGGACAUUUGGACAAACAGCAUAUUUCUUAAAUACUAGUGCUCAUCCCUGUUUCUGGAAAGAAAUUGUUGUCCCAGAUGGUAAACAAAGGGAUUAGAUAUAGAGCAGGAUUUUGUGCCUUGUAUUGUCUUGGUAACCAUGGUGCCAUGCUGUCAAACCUUGCAAAAGAGAGUUUCCUAGAGACUUUUCCAGUUAUUGCUGUGAAUCACUGCUGUUAUUUUUUUAGCCAGACUUUGCACAUAUGCAAGAUGCAGAGAUUUGCAAGUUGGGCCAUUCGUUAUUUGUGAGAAGGAGGCACUAAGUGAUAUUUGAAGGCGUUGUACGUUUUGCCAGUUUUCAGAGCAGUCUGAUUGCAUACAGAGAGCUGUAAUGUUACAUGCAACUGAGCUUAAGUUACUGGAAUACUCCUAAUUUCCAGUAGUCAUGGAGGCAUGGAAAGUGCUUUCUGCCUUGGAUUUCCUGCAUGCCAGGACUUCUUUUCUCCAGCUGUCUUUCUCAGAGAAGCCACCUUCUCUUUGCCAUCCUGCCUCUUUGGAUCGAAUUCUCUGUUUAUGAUCAGCUCUUCUAUUCUUACCUUUUUUUUUUUUUCCCCUACCCUUGCAGAGAGUAGCUUAUCUAAACAAAGGCUUAGUUCUCCUAAUUUGCUAUUUUCAUGUAAGUUACUUGUAUUCUUUACAGUGGAAUUUUUAUAUCAUUCUUUUGUUAGCAGGAUCAUCCAUUAACUACUGCCAGGAGAGGCAUUAACUCGCAUGCAUAAUCUAUUACACAUCUGACAUUGAUGUGUUCCCCAUGUAAGCAGGAGAAAGGUUUCAAUUCCAGUGCUGCAGUAAGUCUCUGUUUCGAUGGAGUACUGAAGGAACAUUCAGAAAUCACUGAGAUUGUUUUGUUUGUGCGGAAAAACUCGUUUGAUGGGUUUCCCUUUAUAGCAGCUGUUUCUUUAUAACUACCAUUUCAAGCCUUCACAUUUUUCUUCCAUUUCUUCUGGAUAGUACUACAGGAUGUCUGUGCUCCAUUUCUUGCAAGUAAUGACAUCCCAAGAAAUACCAUUUAUUUUUCCAUGUGCAAAUUUUUUUCAACACUGAUUGAGAACCUUGUUCUGUAGGAUCACUUUCAUAUGCUCUGCUAUUUAAAGAAUUGAAGUUUUUGGCUUUAGAUGUCAUUUAUAUAUAAUUCUUGUAUCCAGCAUGAGAAUGGGAAAGACCAGCACUGGGAACAGGGAGGUAGCUUUGCCGUGUAAGUAAUUAAAUAUUUUAAAAUUACUAGCUGCAACAGUAGAUUAUGGUAGUUUUCAGUGACAAGUGGUGAAACUAAAUGGGAACUGUUACCAUUUAAAGAAGCUAAGCAGGAGCGGCAUGUACAAGGUGGGUCCAUCCUUCCCUUGUAUUAAACUCAGUAACUAUGGGCAAUGGAGAGGGAGAGAUUUAAAAUACACAACAACCAGAUGGAGAGUAACUCUUGACAUAAAGACUUCUAUUCAUGCCUUUUUUUUUUCCCCCCCUUUUUCUCCUCCCUUAAAUAUAUACAUUUUAUACUCAGCAUUUGGGUCCAUUAGUUGAGCUGUGUUUGGUAGGUUCAAAUGGCAGUGUGGUGUUCUGCGGCUGGACACUAAACCACAAAACUAACUGAGCUGAUUGCACGGUGCCUGAAGCUUCCUGGCAAACUUGGCCUCCUGUUGAUGCGGACCUCCAGAUGUGGAGGGAAGGCUGUGUACACUUCUCAUGCUGUUGCAUUCUCAGGAUCUCAGUAAUGUGGGAAAAAUGGCUAACAGAGUUUGAAGGAGGUAAAAAUCUUUACUGGAUGUGUCCUCCUCAAAAUUUCUCACUGAGCUGCAUAGAGCAACUUCCCGGGUAGCACGCCAAGUAUCCUGGCACUUGUACAGCUGUAGAUUGUAGUGUUCUUCUUGUCUCUGCAAAAUACUGGGGACAGCGAAAUAGGAAUAUUCAAAUACAAAAACUUGUUGAGGAUGGAAAUCUUCACAGAUUUUGUGAGCUAAGCAAGAAAAGUCUGAAGCUCUUGGAGGAUAUUAGGCAAGAAGAAUCUUUACAUUCUGGUCAGGGAGAAGCAAUGGGGAAAGGCAAUCCUGUCCUGUCUUGGGGGCAGAUUAGAUUUACUGGAAGAAAAAGACAUUUUGAGUCUGGACUUAUUUUCUUGACAGAUAAGUAUGGGAUUGGAUAGGAAAUUGUACAGCCAGAGGGAAGCUCAGUACUUUGCAGUAUGAUCAUUCCAAGUUUCUGCUGAGCAGUAGGUUUUAAGCACCUGCCUUUCGAAUGCACAGACUUCCUUAAUACCUGCUUGUGCCUAUCACUUUCCUUAUUCCUCAGUGUAAGGCACAGCAUGAUUGCCUGACUCCAUUUAGCCACUAGUGUCUGCUGGUCAUUUAUAUGCACCUCGUGAGAAACAGGACUAGUCAAUCCUUUGUGAAACUAGUUCUUAGGGGUACCAACACGUGUGAUGGUCUCUGGUCAAUGCUGGAUCCACUUGUGCCAUUUGCAUACCGUGAAGUAGAGAAGAAAGGCCUAAGCUCUCUUGUUGAGUGGCUGUUCUUGUGUUAUGGUGUUUGGUGCAUGGCUAGUUGCAGUAGAGUUAAUGUUGUCAUCUGACAAGACCCUGCCCUGUUGCUGGAUCUGCUUUUCCCCAGUUCUCAAAGCAUAUUGAUGCAUUUUGAGUGUAUGUGAGGUUUGUUAUGCCUGUUACCUAGUGUCUGUGUCAUCCCCUGAUGCCUACUGGGAGAGGUGCCAGGCUCAUCCAAAGAGCCCCCUCAGGCUGGCUGAUAGCCAGUAAUCCCGUUAGAGAACUCUGUGCACUGGGAGACUGAUGUGCUGCAGAUCCUGCUGUUACUAAUUUUUUCACCUGUGGCCUUUUGCCAGGUCCCAUGGGGAACUUGGUUUCCACGAAGCAGUUACAGAAAAGCAGUAGUGGCUGCUGUUCUCUAGGGACCUGUCAGUGCUCAUCCUUUCCUGUGGGAGAGGCAGCUGAGGAAAGGAGGCUCACAUGUUGUGCUCGAAUCCUUAUAACCAAGAGACAGCAACAGGAGUGCUUUGUGGUGCUCUGCGAAGCGUGCCUUGUGUGAGCAUGUCACAUCCUGAGAUUCUCACUGCCUGUGCUCCUAUGGCCUUUACUGCCUCUUUGAGGCAGAACAACCAGUGUUCAUGACUUCAGGUUAGCUGUAUGCUUCAGAUGAAACCUGCAGACUUUGGAAGUGGACCUGGCUACUGUGAGUUCUGUAGUUGCUUGUAGUGAAUAUGGGUAGUGACUAAGGUUGCACAACCAGGUCCUUUGGUUCACGUCUAGUGUAUGUGAUAUCUAGGCUAUCAUGCUGUUACCCUGUGACAAGAGUCACUGUACUCUUUUUUUCUUAUUAUUCCCCUCCCAUUUGCCAAGAUCCAAUGCUAAUCAUAGGCAGAGAAAAAAAAGUGUACCUAAUCUUGCAAUAGAAUUGGGCAUUGUGUGGAUCCUCAAGCUCCUGUUAAAGGGGGCAUCCCAAUUAGAAUGUGAUACCCCAAAUGCUGGACAUGAAACAGAAGUGAGUACUUUGGUCUUUUAAAAGGUAGUUGCUGGGCAAAAGGGUAUGCUGGCUUCACCUAGGAAAGACUCAUGUUGCUCCCCAAGCUCUGCUUUCAGCUUUAUGAAAACCUCAUGUUAGGAUUAAUUAUACACAUGGGUCACUGGUGCAGGUGUUUGUGAAGCCCUGACAGUUUUCCUUGGCUAUUACAUUCCGGAGUAAUAUGUAGCAGGAACGAGUUAUGCUUGUUUUGUUUCUCCUCUCCCUAUCUGUUAAGAACAAACCCAUAGGCAAAAGCAGAGCUAUUCCAUCGUUUUUCAUCCCUACCAAGCUUCCAUUAAAAGGCAGCCUGCCCUUCGUGAAAUGUUCAGUUGGUACCGAGCUCAGCCUGUUUUUAUUUUGAGACAGAAGAAGCACAUCUCACUUCCUGUGGUUCCUUCUGUGUCUAGCCACUUGUGGUCCACACGCCCUAUUUUGCUGAUGUGAAACUAACAGCUUAAACGGUUGUGAUCAUUAAGAUGAAGAAAAUGCCCAAAGGAUAUUUGUCAUCUCAUUGUGUGUUUCCCCCACUGCUACUUGCUGUCCUUCUGCAGCAUCUUUAACACCUGCUGUUUUUAUGACCUGCUCUUUUUUGACUGAAAGCUCCUCGGACAGGAAUCUCUGCUAAAAUUUGCAGGAAUAGCUUAAAUCUAAGUUUUAUUUUGAUUAAUCACUAGGGUUUAUGUCCUGUACCAGUGCUCCUCUUUCAGUUCACCCUCCCAGAAUACCUUCAUUCUCUCCUAUCUUUAAUGUUUUGUUAUCAGGAGGAGAAAUUAGUAUUUGAGACAGGAAUGUGGAAGGUAGUUGUUUUGUGGUAGUGAUGUUCUGAGCAGGAUUCUUGUUGCCACAUGAAGCUUUUGUAAUCAAAUAUAUGUACGUAGUACUGAGUGGAUGCAUUUUAUGAACGAUGUAAAUCUGUACUGUGGUAUGCACUGCUCAGAGGAAGUAAACCAAAUCUCAGGUUAAGCUUUCUGGUGCUGUGCACGUGUGUGUUUGGUUUUGUUUCCCAUUCUGGGACCAACUUCUGACUUUAAGCAAGUGGAUGCCAAAUUUGAUGCCUCAGUUCCACACAGAGACUUAGAAGUAACAUUGCUGCUUUUCUGCUGUGGUAAUAUUGUCAGGAAUCUUGUCUUGUCCCAUUAAUUCUUCAGUUAUUUCAGACUCAAAGCGCAUUAGUCUGUCAUACAGUGUAGUUGCUGUUUAAAAAUGCUGCUGAAAAUAAAAGUGAAUUAAUCCAGGAAACAUAGCUGUGUGAUGAAGCUGUAUAGAAAAACAGUUACUGUGCUGUUGAACAGUAUCUGGUUUGUGCAGUUUGCAGUCCAAAACGUCAGAAUUCUAUUUCAGGGCUGUGUGAAUUGCUUGGAGCUUUUUAAGGCUGGACCAAGCAUCAACACAACACGUCUUCCAAGUUUCUGUAAAAGUCCUAGUAAAGCAGUAUCUAAAUAUAGUGCUGGUGUACAAGCCUGCCUUUAUUUUUCCCUUGUUGUGUUUUACUUGCUUCUGGUUUUAUGUUUACUCUAUUUUAAGAGGGUUCAGCUUUUCUCUGAAGUUUUCACUCAAAAUGUUUGCCUGCAAAGAUGACUUGAAGGACGAGUAAUUAAAGUAAAUAAAUACAUUUUCUAUAAAAAGGAGUGAAGCACCAAGGCAGCGAAGCUUUAAUGCAUCCAGUAUGCCCCAGCUGUGCUGUGUGGAGGAGUGCGGCCAUGCUUCUGGGUGUGUGCUCUGUUGCUGUCACAAAGACAAGCUGUGUGCACAAGUUGCUCAGCUCAGUGUAUCUGUGUCUGGCUAAUCUUUUUUCCAUCCCAAAUCGGUUUGGUUAAGACAGAAAGCACGGUCUGGAUCCUUUCCCUCUGAUGCGGAGGAUAACUGUGGUGACUUCUUCUGUUUUCAAAUGCCUCAUUCAGUGGCACACCACCUAGCUAUGCGUAUGAUGCAGACCGUGCUGAAGAACAGAGGCGACAUCAUGAUAUGAUGCCCUAUAUCGAUGACUCGCCAUCAUCUUCCCCCCAUCUCAGUUCCAAGAGUCGAGGCAGCAGAGACACCCUAUCUUCAGGGUCUCUGGAAUCUACAAAAUCAAGUGAGCCAGAUCUGGAGAAAGGCCUGGAGAUGAGAAAAUGGGUCCUGUCAGGAAUCCUGGCCAGUGAGGAAACCUACCUGAGCCAUCUGGAGGCUCUGCUGCUGCCUAUGAAGCCUUUGAAAGCAGCUGCCACCACCUCUCAGCCUGUGCUGACUAGUCAGCAGAUUGAGACAAUAUUCUUCAAAGUGCCUGAGCUGUACGAGAUCCACAAAGAAUUCUAUGAUGGACUCUUUCCCCGAGUGCAGCAGUGGAGUCACCAGCAACGUGUCGGAGACCUCUUCCAAAAGCUGGCCAGCCAGCUGGGAGUGUACCGGGCCUUUGUGGAUAACUAUGAAGUUGCUAUGGAGACAGCAGAGAAAUGCUGCCAAGCCAAUGCUCAGUUUGCUGAAAUCUCUGAGAAUCUAAAGGCUAGAAGCACAAAGGAAUCUAAAGAUCAGACGACGAAAAAUUCCUUGGAAACUCUGCUAUACAAGCCAGUGGAUCGAGUGACUCGCAGCACACUUGUACUGCAUGAUUUACUCAAGCACACUCCAGUGAGCCACCCUGAUCAUCCACUCCUGCAGGAUGCCCUGCGGAUCUCGCAGAACUUCCUUUCCAGCAUCAAUGAGGAGAUCACUCCUCGUCGGCAGUCCAUGACUGUAAAGAAGGGGGAGCACCGGCAGCUCCUGAAGGACAGCUUCAUGGUGGAGCUCGUUGAGGGGGCUCGCAAACUACGUCACGUCUUUCUUUUUACUGAUCUGUUCCUGUGUGCCAAGCUCAAGAAGCAGAUUGGAGGAAAAAGCCAGCAGUAUGACUGCAAAUGGUACAUCCCACUCACUGACCUUAGUUUCCAAAUGGUGGAUGAGUCCGAGGCAGUGCCCAACAUCCCACUGGUACCUGAUGAGGAACUGGAUGCCAUGAAGAUCAAGAUAUCACAAAUCAAGAAUGAUAUCCAGCGUGAAAAGAGGGCCAAUAAGGGCAGCAAGGUCAUUGAGAGGUUGAAAAAGAAGCUCUCAGAACAGGAAUCACUCCUGCUGCUGAUGUCUCCCAACAUGGCUUUCCGGGUGCACAAUCGCAAUGGCAAGAGUUACACGUUCCUCAUUUCAUCGGACUAUGAAAGGGCAGAGUGGAGGGAGAACAUCCGGGAGCAGCAGAAGAAAUGCUUUAAAAGCUUCUCACUCACAUCGGUGGAGCUCCAGAUGCUGACAAACUCCUGUGUGAAACUCCAGACAGUCCACAACAUUCCCCUCACUAUCAAUAAGGAAGAUGAUGAAUCUCCAGGUCUCUAUGGAUUCCUGAAUGUCAUUGUCCACUCUGCCACAGGAUUCAAGCAAAGUUCAAAUCUGUAUUGCACGUUAGAGGUCGAUUCUUUUGGGUAUUUUGUGAACAAGGCCAAAACCAGAGUGUACAGAGACACCACAGAGCCCAACUGGAAUGAGGAGUUUGAGAUUGAGUUGGAAGGCUCACAAACUCUGCGGAUUUUGUGCUAUGAAAAGUGCUACAACAAAAUGAAGCUCACCAAAGAGGAUGGAGAGAGCACAGAUCGCAUAAUGGGAAAAGGACAGAUCCAGCUGGACCCACAGACACUGCAGGACAAAGACUGGCAACGCACAGUCAUCUCAAUGAAUGGAGUGGAAGUGAAGCUGUCAGUGAAGUUUACCAGUCGAGAGUUCAGCCUGAAGAGGAUGCCAUCACGGAAACAGACGGGGGUCUUUGGGGUCAAGAUUGCUAUUGUCACCAAGAGGGAGAGAUCAAAGGUGCCUUACAUAGUGCGCCAGUGUGUGGAGGAGAUAGAACGCCGUGGAAUGGAGGAGGUGGGCAUCUACCGCGUCUCUGGGGUCGCAACCGAUAUCCAGGCUUUGAAAGCGGCCUUUGAUGUCAAUAACAAAGAUGUGUCAGUGAUGAUGAGCGAGAUGGAUGUUAAUGCUAUUGCGGGCACAUUGAAGCUCUACUUCCGAGAGCUGCCUGAACCUCUCUUUACAGAUGAACUGUACCCCAACUUUGCAGAGGGCAUUGCACUUUCAGAUCCCGUUGCAAAGGAAAGCUGUAUGUUGAAUCUGUUGUUAUCACUUCCAGAACCCAACCUUGUCACAUUCCUUUUCCUUCUGGACCAUCUAAAAAGGGUUGCUGAGAGGGAGAGCAUUAACAAGAUGUCCCUGCAUAAUCUCGCAACUGUUUUUGGACCAACGCUGCUCAGACCUUCAGAGAAGGACAGUAAAAUCCCUGCCAACCCAACCCAGCCUAUAACAAUGACUGAUAGCUGGUCACUAGAAGUCAUGUCCCAGGUUCAAGUCCUUCUGUACUUCUUGCAGCUAGAGACCAUCCCUACCCCCGACAGCAAGAGGCAAAGCAUUCUCUUUUCCACAGAGGUGUAGAUGUCUGUGAUGCCAACAGGACUCCAAAAAAACCCCACAAACCCAACCUGUUCUUGGCAUAAAUCUGCCACUCUUGAAAAAAGGAAGACUGGUGUUUCUUCAGACAUUUCUGGCCUGUUCCUGUUCCGGGGAAUGAUGGCCCUCAGUGCUUCUGCUGUUUGUUAACCAGUGGCAAGCUGAAGGUAGAAAAAUACCUACUUUUGAUCAGGAGAAUGAGAACUGAAGUGGAGAUAGAGCUGUGCAGAAUCUCCACUAGAAGGAGCAAUAGACACUUGAACAAAUGCACCACUGCGUGUGGCUGUUAUUCUUGUUGGGAAUGUGAUGGAAGGUAUUCCUCAUUUUAUGGAUUUGUCGUAAAGAAACGUCAAGAUUUCUAAUGGACCACUUGAUAGGAUACCCUUUUUUGGGUGAGAGGGAGUUAAAGGAUCUAUCACAACUGUGUCUUUAAUAACUGCUGUUUUUAAAGUACUGUUCUAGGCCACAAAAAUAGCAUUGCUUUGCAAGAAGAGAAAAGAAGGGAAGGGUCUGGGAUCUGAGAUACCCUCCUCAGAAGUUGAAGUCCUGAUUUGAACAGGGUUCUAAAGCAGUGAAACAGUUUUGCAUACAGCUCAAAAGUUUUUUAUUUGUCUUGCCCACCCCUUCUCCUGCAGAUGUUUAUACAAGGAGAUGCCGUGCUCCUGCCUACGUUGCACUUCUGAUGGCAUGGAUUUUUUUGGGGGUGGGGGUGUUGAAGGGCCCAGACUCAAUGAUUUUUCACUACAAAUAAAUAUAGCAAAUUAAAGAGAGGCAGGGAUGGUUUGAGUCAGUGCUUUGUGAUUCGUUGUUUGUUUGCAUAAAAGCAGGAGCAAUAUUAUCCAGAGAGGAUUGCUAAAUUCCUUAGACUCUGCCAAACUUAAUGAACAUUAUUUGGGAAGGCUGUUAAUUCCCAACACUCCAAAGAAAAGAUGUUAACAAAAAUAAUUGAAGUAUUUGUGGACAAAACAAAUAAUUAGUGGUUAUCAGGUUGCCUGGCUGCUUACUCCUAUCAGAACAUCUUUUUUAUUUUUUUUAAAUAUAUAGAUAUAUAUACUUGAAUUUUGGAGGCUUUGUACGUGCAUUGCUUCUACGAGAGUCGUCUUCUGAUGCUUUGAUAAAUAUGUCAGAAUGUACUUAACGGACAACUUAGCCAGUAGCAUGCAUGCGUACUCUUCAGAAAUUUCAAGCCUGUUUUAAGUAAGAGCAGUGAAGGGAUUUCUGUGGAACCACACGGAGCAGUACAGCAGGUCUCACUAAAUACUAGGCUGGUAUCUCCCUGCCUAACGUGGCCAAAGCCACAGAGGUUACACAGGUGUAAAGGACAGCAGUGUUUGUCUAGAGAACUGAAAGCAUCAUCUAAUUGCUGGCAUCCAGAGCAAAGUAUUCUGGCUGUGAAGCAGCUGUGCCAAACAUCCUGGGAGAGGUGGGAAUUACUCCAUUUUCAUUACCAACUCCAGCCCUCUUUCCUUCCUACCCAGUUAUGCAGCUUCCGUUUGGUGGCAACCAUCCGUCAUCCAGGCAAGAAGAAAAGUGCAGCGUGAAGACAAGGGGGGAGGAAUCAGCAUGGAGAAGGGGAGGGAGGGAUAGAUCUUGGUUGGUGUAGUUGGGUUGCCAACAUCAUUUGAGGAGAAAUGCCGCAGAGAAAGCAACCCUUGUGAUGCUGAAUUUUAUGUUUUCCGAUGAAUGAUCUGCAAUCUCUCCGUUACAAAAAUAUAUAUAAAAAAACACCAACAAAGGAGUCUUUCAAAUGAAUGGAGAGAAAAAAAUAAUAAUGGAAGGGAAAUGAUUUUGUAGUCAAUGUAAUUUUGACUGCUGCAUAAUAUUAGAAAAUAUUGUACUGUGAAGUUACAAAUUCAAAAAGGGAAAAAAUAGAAAUUCCGAUUUUGUGAGUAUAUCAACAUUUUGCAUGCUAUGUAAGGAUCCUUAUAGGAAUUUAAUAUUGCUUAGUAUCCCUCCCUUCUUAGGUCUGGGAGCAAACCUCUUUGUAAUGUAAUGUACAACUAGAAAUUCCUUCUCUCUUCUAUGUAUUUCCAUUACAUUCCGACUUCUGAAUCUGGAAAACAGAAAAAUUGUUUAUAGUUGGAGGUGCUUUGGGGGGAGGGAGGGAACGAAGGCAAGAAAACUUGAAGGCUUAGCAUUUUUUAUAUUUAUUUCUGCCUUUUUUGAAGGUAAAAAUCAGUCUCAAUCUUGAAAACUUUCAACUUAAGUCAGGCAGACCAGUAAACCACUCUGUGGUUUUGGUUUUAUGUAUUUGUUCUCAUUUCCACAUAGCAGUUCCAUAACAAUCCUUUUCCUGCUUAGCUGCACACCUGCCCAUUCCAAGCUGUUGUGUGGUGCAUCUGAGGCAGCAGCACUGCUGCUGACUGCUUUGGAAAGAAAAAAAGCCCCACAAACCAACAGCAGAAGCAGAGUACAGCAGGUGGUUGGGUGACAGAGCCUUUUCCUUUCCGUGUUCAGAAUCUGUGGCUGCUCUUUGCAGUGUUGAAACUGGAAAGCAAUACCAUAAUGACUGUGCCAAUUUACUUUUACCCAACUUUUUUAUUUUUAUUUAUAUAGGAAAUUAAUAUUAAUAUUAAGUUACUGAUGUAUGGUGUGUAACCAUGAGAAAUGGCUUUUGCUUUGGUUACUGUUACAGGUUGUUGCUUUACUCUCUCAACUACAAUGCUCAGUUCUAAUGUAACGUAAUCUAACAUGCAGGCAUGUGGAUCAGGGAAAAAAAAGGUAAUUUAACGUAACCCAUUAAUUAUUUCUGUUGAGUAUGUUUUCCCCAAAGCUGGUAAUUUUGGGCUGGAAAAAACAGCAGAUGUUUGUGCUGAUGAUGAAAUCAUGGACUGAUUGAAAUAUGAGAAUUGAUUUCUUGAAUUUCUGUUAAUUUUGCAAUUUAAGUUUUUCUUCAGAUAGACGUUUGUGUUCAGAAAGGAAGCAUUUCCAAACGGCUUUUGUUUUCUUUUCCAAGGGAUGUUGUGGGUGUGGGUUGUUUUUUUUAAACUUUGUUGUGUUUUUAAUAAGCCUUAUCACACUUAAAACAUAAAGGGACUUGUAAAACGUGGCUUUAGAGAAGGUCUUCUGAUUUAAUAAUAACCCCCUGUGAGCUGUGUCAGAAAACAUAACUUUUCCAUUUCCUGUAAGAAAAGGUACAAUAUAAACAACAUAACAACAAACUAGCCAAAAAUUACCCUUAACUGCACUGAGAGUUUAUAUUCUUUCUGUUUCUACUACAUUGGAAUGACAUUUCUAAUGAAGCAGCUUUCAGCUACGUGCAGCUGAAACAUUAAUAGCUUCAGCAGAAAUACUGCAGGUCGUUAGGACAGACUGUACCUCCAGUUUAAGAGAAGGAAGCAUGGGUUCCUUGGCAUUUAGAAACUAUUCUAAAAUUCUCAUGUUUUUUUUUUUUUUUUAAUUAAAAUUAAAGCAAAAUAAGGGAAAAGGUCAUACUAAUGGGCAAGAAGUAAACAGUACUAGAUCGUUCUCAGCUUUGUUUUGUGUGUGCUUUUCAUGGGAGGAGACUGAAAUUAAACUGAAACACAUCCACUGAAAUGCUGUUGGUGUUCUUUAUCCUUGCAUAACUUUAAGCAAGUUGAGGUAGCAGCCAGGCUAUUGCAGGCUGUAUUUUAACGCUGCUGUUUUUUAAUGUAUCAGCUAAGGGCAAAGUACAGCUGUGUGUUGACUGUAUUUGCUGAUGCCAACUGCCCAUCUUGAUUCCGACUUUCCAUUGCUCGUGUUAAGGCAAUCUGCAUGCACAAGAAGCAGAACUGCAAUACGUUGUGUUGGCCACGAGGUGGUAGAACCACAGAGUGUGUUGAUGGGAGCUGCACUAUUUUCACAGCUUAUUCAUUUUACCUGUUUAAAACUGUGCUUCACCGUUGAGUUAGUUUUGUAUGAGUUUAUUUGAAUGGAUGUACUGUUCUGUAAAGCAUACAUGGAUCUCUAAGUUUGCCUGUCACCCACUGUAACACUGGAAGGCAUGACAACACAUCAUUUAUCUUAAUGUACCAUUCUUUGCAGUAUGUACAAAAUGUAAAUCGACCAACAUGGCUUUCAAAGAUACUUAAAAUCUGAUGGAGAAAAAAGCGACCCUCUCUGGUUCCUCACUGGUUAAUGCUUCCUUUGUUUUCAGUGCUUGUUCUGCUGAGGCAGUGCUGUCAGAUGUGGCAUUCUUACCAUGGCAAUGUUAGGAAGAAGUGGGAAAUGUUUAAGAAAAGCCUCUGCUCUUUCUCUUUUCAAUUCAAAAAGAUGGGGACUUGCAGUAAUAGAAGACCAAUACAUUCACGGUAGAUUUAAGGGAUCUGCUUCUGUUCCUUGCAGAAAAAUCUGAAAAAGCAAGUAAAUAUGUUCAGAAUAAUCAGAAUUUGGAGUAGUUGGCAAGUCAGUCACUUAUUCCUUCUUAUGUUUUUAUUUCUCUUCAGGUAUGUUUUUCUUUGUAAGCUCUGCUAACGUUCCUUUGUAGUGCUGUCUGAAAAAUAAAUCUGAUAGCAUCCACUUCCUUUAGCACAGGGCGCUUGCAGCUGAGAUCACGGAGCCGUGCAAUUAAUAUUAGCAGUCUUCAAUUCUCAGCCAGAAUUAAGUACAUGGAUCAUCCUUAAAAUCAAGAAAGGACUGCUGAUGGAAGGAGGUACUCACAGCUCAUUAUUAUUUCUUACCGAAGUCUUAGGGAAGAAAGAUGACAUAAAUUGGAAAAAAAAGCAAACAUAAUUAGGAAUCACUCUGAUAAGAUGAUCUGGAACUGUACAAAGCAGAAACUCUCCUUUCAAGUUACAGAAGACCUGUGGCCUCAAUAACUGACUGCCUUGUCAGUAAAUAAACAUUAAUUUAGGAAUGCCAGGAAUUCAACUGCUGCAGCCUCCCAGUUCUGAUGUGCUGCAACCCUCUUUCUCACUACUGAAACUUCACAGUUCAGUGCCAAGCAAAAAAGCUUAUCACUCGCUCUCUACAUUUCUUUUUCCUCUAUGGCAACAGAGCACCAGUCUGUGUUAUACCAAAGGGGAAACACCACUGCAAAGAAAAAUGGAACCAGGAGGUUAGAAUGCAGCUUAAGCUAGAAGAGUCUGCUUCUGAGCUGCAAGGAUAGAAUACCACAACGCCCUGCAGUGAUUGAAUGGUGGAAACAGUAGGGCCAGAGCAAAUGAAGCAUAUGUAUUAUCUCGAUUCUCCUACCAUGAGCAGAUUGCUAGAUUUAGGUGUGGGUCAAGCAAACAUGCUAAUGCUAAGAAUGAGAAAACUAUUCAAGGGCCUCCACUGUUGAUUCUGCCACCCUAUAGUAGAAUGGGAGGACACCACUGUAAAAGCAUGCAGGUGACCUGUAGAAAUACUUGCCACAUCAUUUUACUUUCUUCUGUCACGUUUCCUCUUUCAGUAGGAGACUUUCUCCUUUUCCAUCAGAAACCACAUCAUCCUACACUGCAGAAAUGAGUUUAUAGCAGGGCUAUUGCUGGACAUGGCUAGAACAUUUCCAGUUUUCUGGUACGGAGUGGACCAGGUAGUGUGAAAGCUCCAGGCUUGUGCAGGCUUGUUUUGCAAGUAAGAUAUGUUCUAUUUUUUCACCUGUUCAAGCAUACUUGGGAAUGAAUAUGAUUAUGGAGUGCCCAAGCCUAGAAAAAAUGUUUGUUUUACUGCUCUGCCUUAAUUGCAGUCAUGCUCAAAUCAUCUCAUUGAAAUGAUUCAUCAGAAUGGAGAAUUCUUUUUGGAUUUUUUGCUAGGGCUCGUGUUGGUGUAAUUAUUGCAGUGACACGAUGUUCUGAGAUUUCAAGGCAUUCUACAGAUCAACCAUUUAUCUGCAGAGUGAUUUCUAUUGCAGGACCAGUUUAUUUCCCUGUGGAUAUAUGGAACAGCAUGCUUGUAUACAAAACAGCUUCAUGCCUGGAAAAAGAACAUAGCUGCUUCCCACAGAUGGCCCAAAAGAACCACCAUGGGAAGAGCCCACCGGUGAGCAGAUGGCCUUGCUCCUUAGAGGCUCACAUUUUCCCUGGUCAAGCAAAGCCCAGAAAGCAAUAAUAGGGUUAGACCCAUCCUAUCUCUUCUUUAUAGUGCCUAAUUGAAUUAUCAACCCCCCAGUAUAAAUAGGAAAGCUCAAAUUUCUUCCAUUUUAGUCAUGCUUUGGGAGAGGACUUCUAUAUAACCAUUGUGGGAUUAUGGAAAUAGCUGAAAACUGAUCUUAAAUAUUAAAACUCCUUCAAGCAUAGCAGUAACAUAAUGAAAAUGCUGAUAUGGCAGAAAGGUUCUUCAUGACAGUCUCUUCUAAUGGAUCCACUCUGAUCUCUUCCUCACUGCUUCUCCCAGCCUAGGAGAAAUCUUGAGCUCCAUAGUAACAUACAAAAACUUCUGGAAGUCAGCCAGUAAUUUGGAAUCCCAGAUACACAGGGACAGAUCUUUUACAGAGGUGGGAUAUCAGUGCUAAAAGUGACUAGGAACUAUCCAAGGCAGCAAAAAGAGGGUAAAGAAUUAAUGCUGGAUGACAGAGAGCACCACAAUGGUACGCUGAAGUUAAAUGUGAUCUCGUGGAAGGACACGUGUGACGUGUUGUCCUUCCUGUGUCUGUCUAGCAAGAAGCAAUGGGAACAAAACGAAGCCUUCUCUUGCCUAUAUUGGUUGUGUAGUUUGUUCUUAUCUCUAUUACAAGUGUUUAUAAUCCAUGAAGAAUGCCAAUGAAAGGAGGUAAUAAGACUAUUUAAAUAUAAAUAAAAUUGUAUAAUUAGCGAUAAUUUAUCAGGUGUAGAAGAAAAACAACUUGUUAUUGUUUGGAUAAUUUGGGGUUUCUUCAGCAGUAAUACUCUUGGCGUUGUUUUAACUCCACCAUGUUAGAGUCUGUUUUUGACACUUCAUACUGCUGUUGUCAGUGCUUCGGUAUCUCAGUGCUCUGUUUUUGCAAAGAAAACCAAUCCUAAUAGCUUAAUACUGAAAGGUGUUGGAACGACUGCUAAAUAUCUCUCAGUUUAGGCCCGUGUGAGGAAAAAAUGGAAAAAAGGGGAAAAAUAAUCAUUCAGGAUUUUUUUUUUUUAAUUUUCUGAGAUAAGUGGUAUGAAAGGGAUACAAAGACUGCAUUUGGGGGAAAAAAGUCUAAGGCAUUUGUAGCCUUUCUUUGUACACAGUGUUAAAUAAAAUCUCCUGUAUCUGUUUGUCAGGGUUCUUUGGGUCUUAUUUAAUUAAAAACUGGGCCUAUGUUAAA